UAUUCCAAAAUAUCAUUCACCCAUUCUCCACAUCUUGAAUAUAUAUCACUACAAUAUGCGAUUGAUGGCAUUAAUCCUCAUCAUCUUCCACAUGGCCGGACGGGAUAGUUGUCAUUCAGAUUUCACGCCGACCGAAUGUAUGAAUAUUAUUCAGUUGCCUUCUGAUAUAAAAAUUUGUCUUUUAGGAAAGACCUUUUUCACCGGGCGGUUCCCAAUAUAUCCUCCUCCUUCUAACUCCAUUUCUCGGUUAACUUUUCUUCUUCCCCAAAAUCUCAUCUUCCCCCCCACCCCCCCACUCUCCCGCUCACUCACCUCCCUCAUUCUUCGCCUUGGUCGUUACCUUUGCUCCGACGGGUAUGACGGCGCCAAACAUAGAGGCAAUAGCGGCGUCGCUAAGGAACUGCUCUCUUGGCGGGAGAACAGAGUCGUCGGAACUUCAGCCGCCGCCGGCGGUGGAGGUGGCGGUCGAUACGGCGGAGAUCCGGCCAUCCGUAGUGGAGGAAACUGUGGAGUACGACGAAGUAACGGUGGAGCUCAACUCAGAAGUUGCGCUUCCCUACCACUGGGAACAAUGCCUUGACUUAAGGACAGGGGAGAUUUACUACAUAAACUGGAAGGAUGGUACGCGAACGACCGAGGAUCCUCGUCUCACUACAACCAGGUGUGGGACGAGCUGCUGCUCGUCUGAUGAGACCUCUGAUUUAGACGAUGAGGAUGCCGACGAAGAAGACGAAGACUACUGCGAGGCAGAGGAUAGCAGCAGUUCAGUCGGCGAAGGUGCAGGAUAUGAUGAUUUCUACGGCAUCACUACCGAACCUCUUUCAGGAGUCCUCUACGGAGCGUCUACCUCCACCUCCGGCAGCAGCAGCAGCAGCACCACCAGCACCUCCACCGCCGGUAACCAAGUUCUUGUUGCGGCCGGCUGCAAGUCCUGCUUUAUGUAUUUCAUGGUUCCAAAGCGCGUGGAGGCCUGCCCCAAAUGCGGUGGAUGUCUUCUUCAUCUCGGCCGAAACGGCUACUUCUAAGUACCGCCGGCUUCUCCAUCAUCGUCGUCAUCCUCGGCGGCGGCGGCCGUCAUCUGGAAUGAACCAGGGAGGAAAGUAAUUAAAAAAUCCCUUUUUUUAACGCCAAAGCUGCCAUCUUUUUUCUCCGAUUUCAAUUUUCUCCCCCAUUGAUCACCAGAUGUGAAUGUUAGAGAGGAAAAAUCACAGACCACAAACAUGUAAUUGUGUUUUAAUCCAUCAUUUGUCUCUAAUGUCUUCCUCCCCGCAUUCAUUGAGAAAAAAAUUUAUCAGACGGAAUGAUUUAAUUGUGGGAAAUAGUUCUGUCAGUAAAAGAAUUUUUGGUCUCAUUCUGUUUCGUCCUGGUGCGUAGGGAGCCACGCGAGCUCUGAAGCAAAGAAUCUGAUUCGUUUUCUUCUCUCUCAUCCCACGGGCCAAAAUUGACGUACCUGAAGUGGUCUAGUCUGGGCGUCUGAGCUGCGCGAUAAGAAUUCCAGAUCUGAUAUCAUCUUUUGCUUAUGCCUAUGCUUUGAAUCAUCUUCUUCGUUUGUCUGCCCAACUUGAUACAAAUUGAGCUUUGUUUUGAUUUGUAAAUAUGAAUUUACACCA